UAUGUAUAUACAUAUGAAUACGUAUAUACGAAUGUCAAAGCGGACAUGGCGAACUUUAGCGAGAAGAACUCACACAAAAUGACAGAAAAUAACAUUCAACAACGUUGUAAUAUACAAUGGGUGAAAUUAAAUGUGGGCGGGACGUAUUUCUUAACUUCAAAAACUACGUUGGGUCGAGACCCUAACUCAUUUCUUUAUCGACUUUGUCAAGAAGAUUCGGAUCUUAUAUCGGACAGGGAUGAAACUGGUGCUUACUUAAUAGACCGUGAUCCAACAUAUUUUAGUCCUAUCUUAAAUUAUUUACGACAUGGUAAAUUGGUUAUCAAUAAGGACUUAACCGAAGAAGGUGUAUUAGAAGAGGCAGAAUUUUAUAAUAUUACAGAACUAAUUCGACUAGUUAAGGAACGCAUUGUAAUGCGAGAUACAAAACCUUUAAAAGAUUCUAAGAAAUAUGUCUAUAGAGUAUUGCAAAGUCAUGAAGAUGAAAUAACACAAAUGAUGUCAACAUUGUCUGAUGGGUGGAAAUUUGAACAGCUAAUCAAUCUCAACACCACAUAUAAUUAUGGAAAUCACAAUGCUGAACUCCUAGUUGUGGUGAGUCGUGAAAAUGGACCAAGUCAAAUCAAUAGUAAGGAACAGAAAUCUACUGAUCGUGUUAAGGUCUUACAACAGAAGGGAUCACGCAUGUAAUCUAAAUCCGUCCCUUAUCCCUUCUUGCCUCCUUUAAUUAGAUCAACUGUGCAGCAAGAAGACGAAGACUGUAUCUGUUUUUUUAGUUAAUAGUUUAUUUUUUAAGAUUUAUACAGUCUCCAUUUGCAAGUUUUUCAUUUCUAUAUGAUUAUAAUUUAGCAAACAAAUAAUAUGCAAAACUCUAAAAAUUAUAAUUAUAUUUUAUAUCGAUAUUUAUUAUUUAGCAAUAUUGUAUAUGGAACUUUUACAAUGGAAAGUAUUAUAGCUUCAUUAUUAAUGAAGACCAUGUACAUUCUUAUUAACUUAUCGUAAUGGAAGAUAUUACUUUCAUCGAUGAUAUUUCACUUACUCAGUAUUUUACAAUUUUAUAAAAAUUAACAAUUAAAAUAAUUCUAGGAAGAUAUCAUUCUUUUCUUUAAACACACAUUACAGUGAUCUGCUUUCAAAGGAGACAUACUAAGGAUAAAAUGGCAAAUAUGUUACUAAUAACCAAAGUUGUUUAACGAUAGCUAAAGUUAUGUUUUAGCUUUACUGAGUAGUUUAAUGGAUAAUAGUGUUUACGGAAGUCAUCUUUUUCAUAAAAAGUUUCUACAAAGAAUGUAGAUAUACCUGUGGUAGUGCAUAGUUUAUCUUUUUGUACCAAAUUUUUUGUACAAGAUUUCUUUUUAUUUGUAAUUGUAUCAUAAGAUUCUCUAAAUUACUUACCUUGCACUGCCGCUAUAAAACAUAAUGUAUGAUAUUUAUAUAGCUAGCAUUAUAACUUUCAGUAUCUGAAUCAAAGUGUUUACUACUAACGUGUUAAGUAAUCUUCAGAUACAUAUUAGUAUAUUGAAACAAUAAAAAAUUUUUAAAGAAAA